GUGGCUGCAUCGAUGACACCAUCCUCAGCAGACAAGGCUUCAUCAACUAUGCCAAGCUGCCCAGUCUGGCCCUGUUACAGGGAGAGCUAGUAGGAGGGCUCACCCUCCUUGUGGGCCAGACCCACUCUCUGCUUCAGCACCAUCCUGUCCAACUGACUGCCCUAUUGGAUCAGCACGUCAGACAGCUACACGACGGGGACCCUGUCACAUCAGCCAAUGUGAAGCCAGACACUCCUGACCCUGUUCCGGACUCCUAACUGGCCUGUUUUACCCAACUCUGCUCAUAAAUAUACUCUGCCCUAUUGGCUGUGCUGUCCUCCAUUGGAUCUGUGGAAGAACUUGGGCUGGGGAGUGGCAUGUGUGAUUUGGCUCCCACUGACAAUGACCUCCUUGGGUACAGGGCCACUUGGAGAUGCAGAGGAAUUCCAUUUCAGAGUGGCAGCUGCUAAUCACUGCCCUUGUCCUUAGUUUUCCCAACUUAGAACCCGAUAGGAGCAAAGUCCUCCAGGUAGAAGGCAAGGAGGUUGAAAAGACAACGAUCUUGCCUGACCUUGUCCACUGUUCCUUGCUAUACAUGUUUCCCCAGCCCACCCCCAUAGAGUUGCAGCCUGCCAUAAUGGAUCAGCUGAGUAAUGGCACCUGUUAAAAGAGCCUUCUGUGUGCUAGGCUCUAUGCUAAACACUGUACAUGUAUCGGUUCCUUUAUUCCUUAUCACGUCUUCCAUUUCACAGAGAAGAAAACAAAGGAAUAGAGAAGUUCAAUGCCUUUACAAAGUCUUGAAGUUAGUAAGUGGCAGAACAAGGACUUGAAUCAGGGUCUCUGCUUUGAAGCCCUGAAUUUUAACACUAGAACUUCCCCAUUAGGUUACGCAGAAGUAGGUCCCAGGUGGCCUUGGAUGUUAGUGCUCUGCCCUUGGGGACCACAGUUUUGUGAGAAAAUGAAGUGCAUUUACUGUUUAUAAAGUUAUU